AGUUAGAGAAUAUACAGCAGCACUUCCUAUAAUAUUGAAAAUGUUCUUAAGGUCUAGCCGCUAGAACGAGAGCUGCAGAGAGGCUGGGUUCUUGACAUGCAUGACAGUGAGACUCAACGUCGAACAGAGAACUGUCACACACGGCUCCGCGAACAUAAGUCAGUUGAGGACGGAAGAGACAAAUAGGARAGCCGAUUGUUUUUAUUUUAAAAACAGUAUUGAGGCUCACUAUCCGAUCUAAUCUCUCGUCUUUAUUGUUUUAGUGAGGCAAAGUCGCAGUGCGUAAAUGCGGUAAAACAUAUAUUUUUUKGACAAACAAUAACAGAGGACUGAGCGAUGCAUUUGUUCAACGUGUCCAACACACAGCUGUAGUUUUUUAACGGGCGAGGAAUGCUAUCUGAGCUCGCGCAUCAAUGUUUCACUGGGGCAAGUGGAAGAAGAGGAUGGGCGCGAAUAGUUCUUCUAAGAGACCGGUCUACGACGAAAAGGAAGAUGUAACCUUCGACCACUUCCAGAUUCUCCGGGCCAUUGGGAAGGGAAGCUUCGGAAAGGUGUGCAUCGUGCAGAAGAGGGACACAGAGAAGAUGUAUGCCAUGAAGUACAUGAACAAACAGCAGUGCAUAGAGAGAGACGAGGUCCGAAACGUCUUUAGAGAGCUAGAGAUCCUACAGGAAAUUGAACAUGUUUUUUUAGUAAACCUCUGGUACUCGUUCCAGGACGAGGAGGACAUGUUCAUGGUGGUGGAUCUGCUGCUGGGAGGAGACCUGCGCUACCACCUCCAACAGAACGUCCAUUUCAACGAGGACGCUGUCAAACUCUACCUGUGUGAGAUGACCCUGGCACUGGACUACCUGCAGAGCCAGCACAUUAUCCACAGGGAUAUCAAACCAGACAACAUCUUGUUAGAUGAGCAAGGCCACGCCCACCUGACAGACUUCAACGUUGCUACAAUAAUCAAGGAUGGAGAGAGGGCCACGGCCUUAGCUGGAACCAAGCCCUACAUGGCCCCAGAGAUCUUCCAGUCCUUUGUGAGCGGGGGGGUGGGUUAUGCCUUUGAGGUGGAUUGGUGGUCACUAGGCGUGACGGUUUUUGAGGUGCUGCGUGGAUGGAGGCCCUAUGAGAUCCAUGCCAGUAACUCAGUGGAGUCUUUAAUGCAGCUCUUCAGUACAGUCAGUGUGCAGUACAACUCCACCUGGCCCAAGGAUCUGGUCCAUCUCAUGAGGAAGCUGCUGACGGUGAACCCAGAGCAUCGUUUCUCCAGCCUGUCUCACAUGCAGACGGCUCCCUACCUCUCUGACAUCAACUGGGACGCUGUGUACGAGAAGAAGAUAGAGGCUGGCUUUGUUCCUAACAAGGGCCGUCUGCAUUGCGACCCCACCUUUGAGCUGGAGGAGAUGAUCCUAGAAUCUCGUCCCCUCCACAAGAAGAAGAAGAGGCUGGCCAAAAACAGGUCCCGGGAAGCCAGCAAGGAUUCCCAGUCUGAGAACGACUACCUACAGGAGUGCCUUGAAGUCGUGCAGUCAGAGUUCAUGAUCUUCAACCGCGAGAAGUUGAAAAAGAGUCAGGAGGAGGGUGCAGAGGGAGGGGAGUCUGAAGGAGCUGCCGAGGGCGGUGAUGAUGGCGAUGGAGACGGAUCCGGGGAGGCUGAGGGAGGCACAGAGGAUGAGGACCCUGAACCCGAGUCCUCCUCCAAACGAAGCAUGUGCGGCUCGGUCUGCUCCUCUCCUGGCAGCUGCUAGCACCACACCACCACCUGGUGGUCUCUCAGGCUGCUGUGUGUGUGUGUGUGUGUGUGUGGAACCAUGCCUAUAGAUACUCUAACCUCUCCUAUGUAGCCAUGAUGACUGUGGGAACAGGGACGCACAGCAGAACAACAAUACACAGCAGGACACAAAAUGGCUCCCCUAUUUCUUCUUCUGUAGCAUCCAUCGUUAAGGCAUGAAUGGGACUGCAGGUUCCAGAGCGGUCCUGCCCUCCGCGCCCCUAGAGUAAGCGCUAACUCUCUUCUAUGCAACGUACAGUAUAGCAUGAAGGUAAGGUAUCAUUACGAGAGGGGAUAACAAGCAGCAGUAGCCACAGACACAGUAUAUGAGCCUGAUGACAUACAGAGCAAUAGGAGCCAGGUUUAAGAGUGUAAGAUAUUUUUUGAGAAGAGCCUCCCUGCUCUUUCAGCCCUUCGAGUAGAUGUACCUCCCACUGCAAACUCACAUGCUGAAUUAUUCAAAUAGAGUUAGGCACUCUUUGUUUUCUUUGCCUGUGUAGCUCGUUCAAUCCCUCUCAUUCUCUCUGUGCACCCUAUUCGGAACUACAAUAGUACUGUUGUUGGGUUACCUUCUCCAAAUGCCUUUCAUUUCAAUGAUAAUAUAUAAUUGUAUCACAAUGCCAAUAUACAGUGUAGUGCACAUAGAAAUAGGAUUACUAUUAUAUUACUAUGUUCUAUGUGAUUCUAUUUCUAAGGUAGUGCAGUGGAUAGAGACUUUAAGAGGUUAAUAYUGUUUCCAGUUGCAGAGUGAGACUUAUUAGCAUAUAAUACUGUAUGGGCCAUUAAGGAUAAGGAGGUUUUGCAAGUGUAAAUAAAUCACUAGUUCAAUACUGUAAAACCACUUUAAAUGGUGUUGAUUGUUAAUCAAUAGCCUUUCAUCACACGUAAUUAUAUCUACAUUAUGCAUCAGCAUGCCAGUUUGAUUUUCCUACAGCGAUUACGCUCCUCCACCAAAACAUAUUCCCCUACGGUGUUAGAUUUCCAAAGGCCCUAAGUACAACUGCGGUGUAAAUGGAAGGCUUUCCCUCACCAUCGAUCUCUGUGACUGUUGCCAARAUGCUGUUCUUCUCACACUGUUCCRUUGUGGGCUACAUGCUCGUACUGCUUUAGUUCUUACCUGUUAAACAUAAACAUUGUCACUAACAGCGGAUCAGUCGUUCUAGUCAUUCUAUUUCUAUGGAUCAGAAAUGAWCAACUUCUUUCGAAUAGCCACAAAAGAAUCUCGUAAUUGAUCAUUAUCCUUUUAAUGGACGACAAUAACUAUAACCUAGUGGAAUUUGACAAUUGUCUCUUAAAUAUGAUUGUCUCGAUCACUUCAUAUAGAAAUGUAUCAUUGGGCAGUAUUUUGAGUUGUGUAGUUGAAACUUGGCAGUGGUACAUUUAAGGUGGUGCCAUUUACUCUCAGCAUGGGCAUCUGGGAACAUGUAGCAUAGUCCGCCUUAAAACCCUAAGUAACACGUGUAAAUAGACUAGCCUAACUCUCCACAGUUUUAUGUGGGACUUCUUACUAAAUGAACGUCAAUGUUACUAAGUUAAGAGUUGUAAUGAAGCCAAACCUUCAUACAUUGUUGUACUGACCUUAUUUCCAAGUGUGCAGGCACAACUUGUAGGCACAUAUAUGCCAAAGCUUUUCUACCAUUUGCAUAGUCAUUUCUAAGGAACUUUGAGUGUGUGAAUGUAUGUUUCCUCUCUGUUGUGCAUAGAACCACUGUUCCUUCAGCAAGUGAAAAUACUAUCAUUUGUAUACAACCAUUUAUUGUGAUUAUAGAUAAAGGAAUGUUUUUUGGGAGGGAUUAAAUAGUAUUUCAUUAUAUAAUAAAAAAUCAAGAUGCCUCUUAAAAAGAGGUGAGGUGGGAAAAAAUGCAGUUCCUAUAAAAAUAAGUGCAUUAACUACAACGAUAGUGUCUCAAACCCUGCAUGUACCUCUAUUCAAGGUUUUAAUCUGAUUUUGUAGCAGAGCCAAGUGCUAGGGUUUGCAUGGCUUACAGUAUGUGCACAUGCAAGCUUCGGCCAUAGAGAUGGAUAGAGAUCUUUACUUGGUAAUCUGUUUUUUCAUGGACAUUGCUAUUGAGGGCUUCCUCAAUUUUAAAGUAGUCAACUGGGUGGGGAUUCCUAUGGCUUGGGAGCAAUAAGUUAAUAAUCAGAGCAUUUGCUUCUACUUCAAUUUGGAUUACCUGGUUGGUAAAUGGCUUUAAUUAAGCUGUAUCGAUGCCAUUAGUGGCCACAAUAAAUGACACACAAGAUGUGGUUCAGGACUCCUGCACUGCAGGUGGUGGUAAAUCACCAAUAUAAGCUGUAUGCAUUUUUCAAACACAAAAGAAGAAGAAAUUUGGCCACUUCAAUGGCGCUGCCCAUGCUGUGACGCUAUAAUGGGAUAGGUACCAAGAUGAGUCGUCUAACUAAGUCUAUGGCAGUAGCAUACCUUGAAUUUCGCCUUGUCCAAUCAGUGUAGCCCUGCCCUGUUUGCCUGUCUAUGUGAUGUCUAGGUUUGCUAAAAACAAGAUUUACGACCUCCUACAACUGUACAAAUAAUUUAUUCCCAGUGUUAUAUGGAUAGUAUAAUAUUUUAGAUUGUAUGCAGUAACCUUUGACAACCCGUAGUUUGUCUUAAGAAUAUGUUCAAGUGCACAGGCUUUUCCUUCCUUAAAUGGAUGUUUUAAUAAGUCAGUAAUUAUGCUCCAAUGUGGGUAAGUUUGAGUUUUAUGUGCUUAGUUAUGUAUAUGGAAAAGGUAUAAGCCCAAAGGUUUGGGGCAGUGUUUAAGUAUGCCCUUAGUUGGUCUUAGCUAUGUGAAACUGGCUGCUAAAUAACAUACAUACAUAUACAGUACCAGUCAAAAUUUUGGACAUACCUACUCAUUCCAGGGUUUUUCU